GCAGAGCAAGCAAAUACACUGCUUUUGCUGUGUUUGUCAGGCUGCUGGAAAACUGCAGAGCUUUAGAUUUACUGAUUUCUACAUAUGCAGGAGAAAAUGAUCAGGCUGCAACUGGUUGCCUUUCUUCUCCUGAUUCCUUUAAUCAAUGCAAACCACAACUGCAGCCCUCCACCAUGCCAGUGCUUUUCUGAGACCACCAUGAUCUGCUCAGAUGAUCACAUGAAGGCCUUACCUGAGCACAUCCCUUCACAGAUCAAAACCCUGAUUGUCGUCGCCUCUGGGAUUAGCAAAUUAGUCUCCAGAUUAAAUUCCACCCUGACCAAGCUUGUGCUUCUCAAUAACCAAGUACACACCAUUUCCCCAAGUACGUUUGAGGGAAUGGUCGGUCUGGAGGAGCUGGAGAUUAGUGGGAGCCCUUUGAUGAGCUUGGAGACUGGAACCUUCGACAAGCAAGAGAACCUCACCAAGCUUUUCCUCAACAACAACAAACUUAGGACUUUGUUUCCAGGCAUUUUUGACUCUUUAGAGAAGCUGGAGGUGCUCCAGCUGAAAGGGAACGUACUUAGUUCCAUAAAUGGUCCACUGUUCAGCAAGCUCUACAACCUUCAACAGCUUGACCUGUCCUUCAACUACCUUUCUUCAAUAGAUGCAGAACAAUUGAGUGGGUUGAACAGGUUGAAGGUGUUGCAUUUGGACUUGAACCAGAUUUCUUCAUUGCCUGCUGAUUCCUUCAACGCUAACCCCCAGUUGAAGACUCUUUCGCUGCGAGGCAACAAAAUCAUCUGGCUCCCUCGAGGAAUUUUUGCACAGCUAAACAACUUGGAGGAACUGAAUCUUCGAGACAACAAGAUCGAAGAGCUGACUACGGGACUGUUUCCUACCUGUCUCAAGAGGCUCAAUCUGAAAGAAAACGCCUUGGAUCGACUAAACUCAACCACGUUUGACGGCCUGCAGUGUCUCACCCAUCUGGACUUGUCUCAGAACAAGAUAUCCCAACUUUCUUCAGACCUCUUCCAGAACCUCACCUCCUUACAGCACCUCGACAUGUCCGAGAACCAUCUGGUAGAGAUCCCUAGCACUUUCUUUAAAAGCCUUUCCCUGAUAAAAGUCAUUCAUUUACAGAAGAACAAGCUUCGCUCCAUAGAGGACGACCUCUUCUCAGAGCAGGAAAUGAUGUCGCAGCUUUAUCUAUCAGAGAACAGUCUGCAGAGUGUGCCGUACGGCUUUUUUGACCCCUUGGACUACCAAGGAUUGGUGCAGCUCCAAGGAAACCCCUGGCACUGCGACUGUACCCUUCAGUACCUCUACGAGUGGUUGAAUUACAGCGGCAACUCCUUGGAAAACUUGAGCCAAAUUUCUUGCGCAAGUCCCGAACCUCUCAAAGGAAGGAGUUUGAUCUCCUUGGAUAAGGAACAGCUUGUUUGUGGGAACAAUAGAUCCAGCUCAACCACCUCCACCAUAUCACUGGAGACCAUAGAAAUGACCUCCAACACCACGACCACCACCAGAAAAGAGUGCACGCUUCAAGAAGCCAAUGGCGCCAUUUCCAUUCAAUGCAAGCUCACCACGUGCCCUCACAUGAAACUCGAGGUACAUUUUCACAGUCCGGAUGGAAGGAAUGUUAGUUCCUCCAUGGAGAAAUGGUGGCCACAGAAUUAUCAGUGCUUUAAUACGACAGUAACGCUCACUCUUUAGUAGCAUCUUACUUUUUAGGAGCAUUUAAGAGUAGCACAUCAUUUUUAGAUUUCAGGAAUGUUUUUUUAAUCCUCUUUACACCUGGUCACUUCAAGUGAUUUAGUAUCUGAAUUAUAUCCUUAUUUUAAUUAUUUUAAUUAUAUCCUUAUGUUAUUUUAAGUUACCACCUUCUAUUCGAAUGCAUCUCUAGUUAAUCAGACUGAAGUGUUCAGAUUUGUGUUUUAUGUGUGUCUCAGAUAAUCUUCCAAAUUGGUUUGAGUGAUCAGAUUUGUAUCUGUUUUAUGUGUAACUCAAAACAAUUCACAAGGUGGUCUGAGAAGCACAUAUAACACCAAUACAAAUCCCAUCAAUCAGAUAAAUUCAGAAGAUGGUCUGAGAUACACAUACAACAGAUAAAAAUCCUAUUACUCCUUUACGUGCGUUUCAGAACACCUUCUGAAUUGAUUUGAGUGAUCAGAUUUGUAUUUGUUUUAUGUGUGUCUCAGAUAAUCUCCCAAUUUGGUUUGAGUAAUCAGAUUUGUAUGUAUUAAUGCGUCUCAGACCACCUCUUGAAUUAAAUUCAUUGACAGGAUUUGUACUUGUUUUAUGUGCAUCUCAGACCACUUUGUGAAUUGUUUUGAAGGAUAGAGUUUGUAUCUGUUUUACAUCUGUCUUAGACCACCUCCUGAAGUGAUUUGUUUUACUAGAUUUGUAUGUCUUUUAUGUGCACCUAAGACCACCUUGUGAAGUGUUUUAACCCUUGUGUGGUGUUCGGGUCUGUGGGACCCGUUUUCAUUUUUCAUCAAAUGAUACUAAAAAAAUAUUUUUUCUAACUCAAACUCAUUGGCAUUGGCUCAUUUUUUGUGAAAAAACAUAUAUCAAAACACAUUUUCGAUAAACACACACUGUACACCCCCCCCCCCCC